AUGAGAAGCAGUGACGUAUUUUCUCUUCCAGAACUGAAAGUAUCCGCAGAUGGAGUGGAUGAGUUUGAAUCUCCCAUGAAAAAUUCACAACUUGCAUGGACUGCCAUGUCUAGAGAAUUUCUUAAUAAUAUUUCGUAUACAGAGCAGAACAUUCACACAGAAAUUCAACUUGAACUCAUUCGAAAGGAAAUGCAAGAGAAGGGAAUCCUGUCACAGGAAAGAAUAGAAACAAAAACAUACGAAAAUGAGUACACAAUAAAGCAUUCUUUACUCCGCAGUAUAUCAUGUAGACUAAGACAUAUCUGUGAUGUAUUACGUAAUAACAUAGAAAAAGACAAGAAAAUAAAAUAUAUCAUAGACCACCACCACAAGAAAGAGUAUAUGCACAGAAGAGAUAAUCAGCUAGUCAUACACAUACACAAGAAUGUAUUUCUACCAAUUACUACAGUACUAAACCCUAUCAGUCUAUCCUAUAUCACAGGAGUAUUAUACUAUAAUGGAGUAGAGUAUACAGGGUACAUAACAGAAGAAGAACUACCUGGGUAUAAAGAAGAAAUAUCACAGCAUAAUCCUAAAAAUCCCUCAGAUAAUUCAGGGGCAUGUUCAGGGAGUGCACAGUAUUCAGAAGAAGUAACUCAAGAUUUAUUUGAGAGUGCAGAUCCUGUUGAAUUAGUCAGAAUUCUUCCAAAAUACAUUUUCCAGUGCAGGGACAGGCUAAAUUCAUCAGAAAUUCUUCAAGAACACUUCUGUGGUAAAAAUAGGAUAAAAGUAGAAAGAAGAGAUGUAAAACCCGAUAUAACCCUAAACAACAAAAAAGUAAUUUUUAUUCUGUGCGCUAUGAAAGAAGGAUCUACCUUUAAGAAAUCUCUUGAUAUGAUGAAAGAUAAAGGAAUAUAUAUAUAAUACAUAACUCGAAAUAACCCAAAAUUACAAUUCAUUAGGAAUUAUUAUUUUUAAUCCUAUCCCACUGAGAAUAGAAAAUAUUCCACAAACAAGAAUAAAAUCCUUGCCAAUCGAUUGAAAUAUUUUUGAUAAAAUAAAAAAUAUUAUAAUGUCCAUUAUCUGCUGGUAUAAUCCGUAUAUAGCAAUAAAAUUACCAGAUGGAUUAAUUAGUACCGGCAGUAUACCCAGUAAUGGGGUUAAUAAGUAUACUAUUACUAUUAACAUAAGG